CGCUGCAGCAGCAGCCAGCAGCUAGCAAUCACUCCCCUCCUCUAGCUCACAUAGCUGAGCCGAGCAGUAGCAUUGGUACUACUACUACUCCUCCUUCCCAGCAAUCACUUCCUCUCUCUCUCUGUCUCUCUCUUUCAAAAGCGUGUGCCUGUGAGCCUGUGACUGACGACGGACUGUCUGCUGGCACACGCACGAGCGGGCGCCUGCUCGGAGGCCGGAGCUGCAGAUCAGGGAUCAGAUCGAGCCCCUGCCCGGCUGCCUGCUCGCUCGUGGAGCUGGCCGCGGCCAUUGCCGCCUGCAGGAAGGAGAGCUAGCUAGAGCUGGGCGGUGAUCGAUCGACCGAUCUAGCUUCUUCGUCGGUCUUCUCCGGCGGCGGCGAUGGUGGUGGGCGUCGACGUGAGCUGCGGCUGCCGGAGCCGGAGCUGGCGGGGACGACGACGCUGGUCGCUCUCGUUCGCCGUCGCCGUCGUCGUCGUCUUCGCCGCGGCCGCUGUUGCCGCUGCAGAGAGGCCUACCCGUGUACGACCAGCGGCGCACGUGAGGAGACUAGACGGCUCGUCGUCGUCGCUGAUGACAAGGACCAGCGCCGCGUCCGACUCCGACGACGACACGGCGGCGGGCGUCUUCCGGCUGCGGCGGCGGCAGCUGAUCGGCCCGGGGUCCUCGCCGCCGACGUGCCGGGCGCGGUGCGGGCGGUGCACGCCGUGCCGGCCGGUGCACGUGGCGAUCCAGCCGGGCGUCGGCGCCCAGUGGGAGUACUACCCGGAGGUGUGGCGCUGCAAGUGCGGCGACAAGCUCUUCAUGCCGUGACCACAGCCGCCGCCGCUCGCCGCCGGUUAGGCGGCCGGCCAUGCAUGCAUGCAUGUUACCGUGUCGUCGCGCGAUCGAUUCGGUAGCAUAGUUUUGAAACUAAGGGGGUAUAAAAGAGAGAGAGAAAUUAGUAAGUUAAUUAAAGGUUAUUUUGUGGUGAUUAACUAGUUAAUGAAUUAGCCAGGUCUUAAUUAAUUAUGAUGGUGUACUGAACUGUUGAUGCAUGCUCGUGAUGUUUGUAAAUGUGCAAGUUCAAGUUCUUAAGCUUAAUUACUGCGUAUGCUGUCUCUCUCUGUAUUUUGCU